AUGCCAACGCUCUCGAUUGCAGAUGAAGCUCUCCGUGUUGGUAUCAACUAUCAUAUGUGUCGCCUCAAAAACGAGGCCUUUGAUCCAGAUCCAGAAGUCAUUGCCGCUGGUAGGAUUGUCCAACCACGCGAGCUCUUUUUCGAUGUGAAUACAAUUGAAAAAGCUGCUGUGUCGGAGAAACGACCAUUCUCUCGUGGUGGGGCUCUCUACACUCGUCCACUUGGAUCAAAGCGUUAUGCUCUCGCGGUUCUUGACAAAUAUGGGGACAAUGUUUGGCUUGGAACUCUUCGCCAAAGUGCGAACAGCUCUAUUGAUGGCGAAUGGCCAGUUGCUUAUCAUGGAACAACGGAUCCGCGUGCUGCUGAAAUUGUUCGUAGUGGUGGACUUGAGUUAUUUAUUCAAAAGUUGUUGGGGAAAGGAACGCGUUUUGCUUUUGGUCAUGGCAUUUACUGCACUCCUGAUCCAAAGACUGCACUAGCUUAUGCAUCGACUUACCAACACGAUGGAAAAACUUACAAGUUGAUUGUUCAGGCUCGUGUCGAUCCAUCUCGUCGUGAAAUUGUGCCCAAGUCGAAACACGUUGCGGUGCUUGUUAUUUUCGUUUGCACAUAU